UUACCGUUUGUGUGGUCAGGGCUGUGGGUUUCACCUAGGAGGGUUGGGUGGGGCACGGGUAGCAUUAAGGGAUGGAGGCCACUGCGAACGAAUGGCUGUCUCCCUUUUCGCAGCAGCCCUCCCCAACUCCCAGCAGAGAAGGCCCCAGGGCACAGGGCUAGCUUGCUGCUAGAAACCUGAAGGAAAGAGUUAAGAAGGCCGGGCUGAUGGACGCAAAGACAGAACUGUGUUUAUCCAGGAAAAGAGGUCGUACGUAGGCAACGGAGGCCCCUGCCGGCUCCUCCCAGGACUGGGCUGGGGGAGCAAGCUGGAGAGGAAGUUGUUCCCCUCCGGGCUCCGAACGGCUCCUGGCCCGAGGCCAGGACCCAGAGGCGGCCCACAGGUGAGGCCUGAACUCUGGGCGUCAGGCCGAGAGCAUUGCCUUGGAGCUCAAACUCCCAGAGAGAAAGUCGGAACAUCGCGCUCCCUGGGAGUGCGGCGAGCGGGUGCGGUAAGCGCGCUGCGGAGGGCCUCCCGGAAUCAGGCCUCCACGCUGGACUUGGAUCCUCUCGGCCUCUUGGAAUUCGGACUUUCAGCACCCACCCCACCCCCCCACCGCCGCCGCCUCAUGUGGCUCUUGGAGAAAGCUGGCUACAGGGUAGGGGCCGCGGAGCCCAGGGCCGGGUGGGCGCCCUCCAGUUUGUUUCCUAAGCGCCGCACCCCGUGCCCGCUGGCUCGCCCCUGCCCCAACGUCCUCACCCCGGAUCGCAUCCCGCAGUUCUGCAUCCCGCCUCGGCUCCGGGACCCAGGCGUCGCGCAGCCCCACAGCGGCGGGCGCGGCCUCCCCGCGACCUGUUCCCUGCCACACCUGGCGGGCCGCGAAGGCUGGGCCUUCCUACCCGAGAGCCCGCACACGCGCCGGCGCGAGUCCCUGUUCCACCGGCCACCGCCCACCCCCGCCGGCGGGCUGCCCCCCGCGCCGUCCCGGCUGCACGUCUCCGCCCCGGACCUGCGCCUCUGCCGGGCCCCCGACAGCGACACGGCCUCGUCGCCGGAUUCGUCGCCCUUCGGCUCGCCGCGGCCAGGCCCCGACCGGCCCCGGCCGCGCUCGCUGUCCCGGGUGCAGGCGGGCUCUGCCGACACCAGCCCGUACGCCUCGCGCCGCGCGGGACCGCCCACGCCGCCCCUCUUCCACCUCGACUUCUUGUGCUGCCAACUGCGGCCGACCCAGGAGAGCGUGCUGCACCUCGAGCCCCGGGGAGGGCAGCUGCGGCUCUCCGCCGAGUACCCGGCCGGGCCCGGGCGGCUGCGGCUGCGCCUGGUGAGCGCCGAGGGCCUGCCGCGGUCUCGGGCCGGCCCUGGGAGCGGCGGCGGCGGCUGCUGCGUGGUGCUGAGGCUGCGGCCGCGCGUCCGGCCGCGGGGCCAGCGGAGCCGAGUGGUCAAAUGCAGCACCAACCCCAUCUUCAACGAGGACUUUUUCUUCGAUGGGCUCGGCCCGCCGGACCUGGCCGCCCACAGUCUGAGGGCCAAGGUGCUGGACAGGGGCGCAGGAUUCCGCAGGGACGUGCUGCUGGGGGAGUGUGAGACGCCCCUGAUUGCCCUGCUGCCGCCCUUGGGUGGUGGGCUCGGUCCCGGGGCCUCCCUGGUGCCUGCCCAUCUCAGCCUGUAGCCUGAAAGACUGUCUCUUCCUCAGGAGGGCUCCCCCGGGUCUGCAGUCUUCAUUCUUUCCAUCUGCCCAGCAUGUAUUUAUUUUUGCAAAUAAAAUAUCUGUCUCCCCUUGUUUGCACACUGCGCUCUCAGAUCUGCAGCCUGCUCUCCCCCCUCUGCCCUGGCCCUACAAGGGAUGGAGGAAGCUCAUUCA